AACAUAGUUUUCCAAAUGGCAAAGAAGUGCUCAAUUUUCAAUUGCCAAUCUUCACAUUUGGACCUAUUUAUCAGGAAGAGAUACUAUUCUACUUAGCUUUCUCACCAACCAUGAUGGAAACUUAGAAAGCGAAAUAACUUCUAUUCUGUGGUCAGCUUACCAAACCCAAAUUACCAAAUCAUUAGAGAAAUUAAGCAAUCUAGUACUUAUACAGUACUGCUGUUUUCUUUGAUUCAAAAAACCCAGCUUCAAAAACUCCAAAAUACUAAAAUCAGCAAGAAAUCUGACAUAAUUGCCAAUAAAAAUUACCAAUAAUCCCACAUUUUUUUAAUAUCAUCAUAAUUUCAUAAACUAACUUAUUACCAUUUCUGAAAUUUUAUCAGAUAUCCCUGUCAAUCAAAUGUCUUGUAGCUUCACUACUUGCCCAAAAGUAGCAAGAGAAAAAGAAGCAAUGAGAGGAAAGCCAAACAAAGAUGAGAGAGAAAACCAAAUUAUACGCACGCUUCUGUAGUUGAAGACUGAGACAGAGGAUGAUGCUGUAGUAAAGCUCAAGCUUUUGCUAAUGGCUGUUUUUAGCCUCAUUCUUUCAUUUAUCCUCUCUCUCUUCUUAUUCUCACCAUUUCCAGCUCAAGGGAAAAUAAUAGGAGAAAUUAAGGCAAAUAAAGGACCAGAUGAACCCUAUGUUGGAGUGAACAUUGGAACAGAUAUAUCAAACAUUUUAUCUCCCUCAGAUUUGGUCUCAUUUCUUCAAGUACAAAAGAUUAACCAUGUGAGACUCUAUGAUGCUGACCCUGAUUUGCUGAAAGCCCUUGCCCAUACAAAGAUCCGGGUCAUAAUUGGGGUACCAAAUAACCAGCUUAUUGCAAUUGGAUCCUCCAAUGCCACCGCGGCCGCUUGGGUGGACCGGAAUGUUGUCGCUUUCUUCCCGGAAACCACCAUCAUUGCCAUUGCUGUGGGUGAUGAAGUCUUAACCACAAUGCCUUCAACUGCCCCUUUGCUUUUGCCUGCUCUUGAAUCACUUCACAGUGCACUUGUGGCUUCAAAUCUUCAUACUCAAAUAAAAGUUUCAACCCCACAUUCAGCUUCACUUAUUUUGGAUCCUUUCCCACCUUCUCAGGCUUUUUUCAACACCUCAAUGACUCAAUAUUUGUUGCCAAUUGUUAAGUUUUUGUCUAGGACUCAAUCUCCUUUGAUGAUGAACUUGUAUCCUUACUAUGUUUUUAUGGAGAAUAAGGGUGUUGUACCAUUGGAUAACUCUUUAUUUAAGCCCUUGACACCUUCCAAGGAAAUGGUUGACCCUAACACUUUGCUUCAUUACACCAAUGUGUAUGAUGCAAUGAUCGAUUCAGCUUAUUUCUCUAUGAAAAACCUCAAUACCACCGAUGUUGUAGUGCUUGUGAGUGAGACGGGUUGGCCUUCUAAAGGGGAUUCCAAAGAGCCGUAUGCUACCGUGGAUAAUGCUGAUACAUACAAUUCGAACCUCAUUAAACAUGUUUUCGACAAGAGUGGCUCCCCAUUUCACCCCGAGAUGACAUCUAGUGCGUAUAUAUACGAGUUGUUCAAUGAGGAUUUAAGGUCACCCCCGAUCUCAGAGGCCAAUUGGGGGUUGUUUCAUGGGAAUACUACUCCGGUUUAUUUGUUACAUGUUUCGGGAAGUGGCACCUUUUUGGCUAAUGAUACAACAAACCGAACUUAUUGCAUUGCUAUGGAUGGGGUGGACACGAAGACUCUGCAGACUGCGUUGGAUUGGGCUUGUGGUCCGGGAAGGGCUAACUGUAGCGAAAUUCAGCCUGGAGAAUCUUGUUAUCAGCCAAACAAUGUCCAUAAUCAUGCUUCUUAUGCAUUUGAUAGCUAUUACCAGAUGGAGGGAAGGGCUUCCGGAUCCUGUGAUUUCAAAGGUGUUGCCAUGAUCACUACCUCUGAUCCUAGUAAUGGUAGCUGCAUAUUUCCCGGAAGUAAGAAGGAAAGAACCAAGACAAGCGAGGUGGUUAAUUCAACUCAACUUACCAGCGGAGCAUUCUCGAGCUAUGGAAGCAAUCUAAUGAGUUUAGCGAAUAGUAGUGUGAUUUCUUUGUGUACUCUUGUGUUUCUGCAUUACUUUUCCAAUCUAGUAAUUUUUUAGCAAGUAGCUGAGGAUCUUGAGGUACAUAAGAUAGAAGGUAAUUUUUUGGGCAAGUGUAACAUUUGGCUGUAACUUUUUUCUUCAUUAUAUGGUGUUGAAUUAGUAAGGAGUUUUUCAA